AUGGGCAGAAAACGCGUGGUGGUGUCUGACAGCGAGUACAGCGAGGACAACAGCGAUGGAUAUGAGCCAGAGUCUUCCAAGACAUCUGCGACGCGGGCAAGUUUUACAACAAAACGUGUCCAGAACAUCAAGAAGAGAAAGACGAAACGCAGAAAACUUGACGUCGGAGAGCCGGACGAAGAUGUGGAAGAUGUCAGCCCAACUACAACAGCACCAGGGCCGUCACACACAGCUGCUAUACACGUCGUGGCCGAACCUAAAGCCAUCCGGGAAGCAUUGCUCAAUUGGUAUGAAGGAGUUCAUGAGUCUCGGGGCAUGCCGUGGCGGAAACCCUAUGACACAAAACUGGAUGCAGGAGAACGCGCUCAGAGGGCAUACGAGGUGUGGAUCUCGGAAAUCAUGCUUCAGCAGACGCAAGUCAGUACCGUGAUACCGUACUACAACAAGUGGAUGGCAAAAUUUCCGACAAUCAGAGACUUGGCGGCAUCCGACAUCGAGACUGUGAAUAGCCUCUGGAAAGGCUUAGGCUACUACUCGCGCGCCGCCCGUCUACUGAGUGGCGCUCAGAAGGCCGUAGAGCAGUUCAGCGGCCGCCUACCCGAUAACGCGAAAGACAUGGAGGCACACAUACCCGGGAUCGGCAGGUAUAGUGCUGGAGCCAUAUGUUCAAUUGCUUACAAUCAAUGCGUCCCUGUCUUAGACGGGAACGUGCACAGGCUUCUCAGUCGUCUACUAGCAAUCCAUGCACCGCCGAAGGGAAAAGAGACCCUUGAUCUCCUAUGGGGUGGAGCGACAGACUUAGUGAACGGCUGCACACAUCCGGGAGACCUCAACCAGGCCCUGAUUGAAUUGGGAGCCACUGUGUGUAAGGUUCGCGAUCCACAGUGCGGUUCUUGUCCCGUCAAGCCGUGGUGCCAUGCAUACAAACUGCAGAGCGCUUCAGACACGAAGGCGCUGGCCAGUGAAGCGUCGAACGGUACAGGCCAGGUGGGGGAUAUCGAGGAGUUAUGUGCGCUCUGCGAAUCCCUACCGGCUCGCAGCCCGGUGACGAGUUUCCCUAUGAAAGUGGUCAAGAAGAAAGUCCGGGAAGAACUGGACAUCGUGAACGUUAUCGAGUGGCGUCACCACGCCGAUGGCGAGCGGUGGUUCUUGCUAGUUCGGCGUCCAGAAGGCGGACUCCUGGCCGGCCUGCACGACUUUCCCACCGCACCCAAUGUCCCUGUGACUACGACGUCCGCAGAACAGAUCGAGAUACCACACACGCUUUUGUCUGGCAUCCUCGCCGUCUCACUCCCGCAAUACGCCGCAAGAACCUCGGGAGAUCAGACGUAUAAGGCAUCUUCCAACUCAGAAGACUCGAGCGCACUGCGGAUCGUGAAGAUUGAACCUGCCGGCGAUGUCAUCCACAUUUUCUCCCACAUCAAGAAGACGUAUCGGAUACAGUGGGUCGUUUUGGAAGGUGGCGGCGCUGGGCCUCCGUGCCUAGCAUCGCUAAGCCUGCCUUCACCGGUCGGCGGUCCAGCUAAGCGCACGGUCAAUGCGGGCGGCAAGAAGACGACUAACGCACGGAACGCCCCGUCCAAACUCAGCCAGCCAGAGCCUCGUCAGUCCGAAACGUCCCUACGGGCGAUGUGGAUGCCCAUGGACGACGUCAUCGAUGCUAACAUUGGCACUGGUGUCCUCAAGGUCUGGAACCAGACCCGGAAGCUGUGGGGAGAUGUCAUUUGA